UUUCUCUCUCACUCUGCUUUUUUCAAAUUCGUUAAACCCUCUUUUGUUCUGACAAAAUCAAACGGAUACUUUUGUUUAAAAUCGUAUGAAUUCAUCUGGGUCGUUGCGAAUUCUUUUCAAUUUGUUCUGAAAUUUAAACCCCCAAUUGGUGCUCUGUUUCUAGGGUUUCUUGUUUCUUUCAUUUGUUGAAACCCUUUUUUCGUAAUCUUGAUGUCGACUGUCGCGCAUAAUCGGAAAUUGACUGGAACGACGUCGUCUCUGGCGAAGCGGCAGGCGUCGGAGAAUGUCGCCGGAAAGUCCACGGCGGCGCCGCCACAUAUGGCCAAGAAACGCCCUGCUCUGGUUAACGUUACAAAUCAGCGACCCACGGCUCGUAAUGCGUCUAAUUUGAUGGUACCGAAGAAAGGAUCAUUGUCUACAAAUACGUUUGGGAUAUCGUCAUCUUCGGCCCAUUUGAAUCCGGCUGCUUUGAGUAAGAAUAUAUCAAGAAAAGAUGCAACUAUUUCCAAGAUCAACAUUGUUCCUUCUGUUCAAACUAAAAUGGAGGUCUCUCCGGUUAAAUCGGAUGGGUUAUCGGUAUCUAUGGAUGAGACAAUGUCCACUUGUGACAGUUUGAACAGCCCUGAUGUUGAGUAUAUAGAUAGUAAUGACAUUGCAGCGAUCGAGUCGAUCGAGAGGAAAACGAGUAGCAAACUCAACAUUUCAGAUCAUGUGGAACCCACAGCAAAUGUAUGCAAGAGGGAGAUACUUGUGGAGAUCGGGUCAAAUGACAAGAUUGUUGAUCUUGAUGUCGAUUUCAUGGACCCGCAGUUGUGUGCGACUAUGGCUUGUGACAUUUAUCAGCAUCUUCGAGCAUCCGAGGUGAAGAAAAGGCCUGCGGUUGAUUUCAUGGAGAAGGUGCAAAAAGACAUCAAUGCCAGCAUGCGUGCGAUCUUGAUCGACUGGCUUGUCGAGGUUGCCGAAGAGUAUCGGCUCGUGCCCGACACAUUGUAUUUGACCAUCAACUACAUUGACCGAUAUCUUUCGGGGAAUUUAAUGGAUCGCCAACGGCUGCAGUUGCUCGGUGUUGCUUGCAUGAUGAUAGCAUCGAAGUAUGAGGAGAUUUGUGCACCCCAAGUGGAAGAGUUCUGCUACAUAACAGAUAACACAUACUUCAAAGAUGAGGUAUUGCAAAUGGAAUCUAAAGUUUUAAACUUCUUGAAGUUUGAAUUGACAGCCCCAACUGUUAGAUGUUUCUUGAGAAGAUUUGUUCGUGCUGCUCAUGGUGUAAAUGAGGCUCCAUCCAUGCAUUUAGAGUGUUUAGCAAGCUACAUAUCCGAGUUAUCUCUUGUGGAGUAUAACAUGCUGCGAUACGCUCCUUCUCUUGUCGCUGCAUCCGCCAUUUUCUUAGCAAGAUACAUACUUUCUCCAUCCCAGAAUCCUUGGAACUCGACGUUGAAGCAUUAUACUCAGUACCAGCCAUCGGAACUCUUCGAAUGCGUCAAAUCGCUGCAUACACUUGUUACUGAAUGCCCGAAUUCGAGUUUGCCAGCAAUCAGGGAAAAAUACAGUCAACAUAAGUACAAAUUUGUUGCAAAGAAGUACUGUCCUCCAUCCAUACCAAUGGAGUACUUCCUGAACAACUAAACUAGGAGACAGAGAUGACAUGGCAUGGCAGUAAUGAAGUAAGUAUUUGCAGAAGAGCUGAGCUGGUUGACUGAGAAUCCUGAACAACCAAACAGCAGUUGUUGUGUUGGAGGGUUGCUUCAUUUCAUGUGAAUGCUGUUCUUGUGUUGAUGAUGAUGAAUCAUGCAUGGUAUUAGAAUCUUGAAGAUAAUAGAUGCUAUUUUUCCCCCUUAGUUCUGUUCUAAUUAAUGAAUACAUGCAUCCAUGCAUGCAUAUAAA